CCGGACGAGGUGAGCCGAGCUUGAACCCCGAGCGACGACAACCUCUUCCUCUAGAUCCUCUUGCUCUUCGAUCUCCUUGUAUCGACGUCGUUGGCUCUCUGUCUGUAUAUAAGAGUCCCGACUGUCCAUAUCCAGAGCUACAAGCCAAGGGGAAAGCCAUGAGUACCUCAACAGGAGACGACCUCGAGCAGAUCCAGGACCAGCUGCAAGAUCGCAUGAUCAAGAGCGGAGAGUGGUCCCGGAUACAGCGGUCAUUACAGGUCAAGUUGAACGAGAUGGGAUGGGCGGACCAGGUGUUAAGUCAUGCCAAAGAAACGGCCAGCACGCAGAACCCCUUGAACUUCGACAGUCUGCAGGACAACGUUCAGGAAUUUGCCUCCAACACCCUUCCAGCGGACGUCCGACAAGCCGUCCUGAAGGAAAUUCAAGCAUACGUUAGAUCUCAGCUGCAACAAUAAACUUCUCCUCCCUGUCCACAAUCAUAUACGCCUUGCGCGCCUUGUCGACCAAUUGACGGAUCCUAGGACAAGUAAUAAACGAGGCAAACAAAUCAGGACCCAUACAUCUCUUCUGUCCACUUUACGAACUUUUUGGCACCCGGAACGAUCCGUUCUGGGGACGCCGAUGUAACACUACUAUUCUAUCUGUAUAUUUAACGACACCCGCGCGAAGAAUUCAUCUUGGGCUAGGCCUGGACAAAUUUGCUUCUGCCUACCUGCUCCAAUUGCCCCCCGUUCAUCAUCGGCUCAGGUAGCAGGUAGUGAACUUGUACAUAUCAAGUC